AUGGACUUUGCGAUGAACCUGUACAGAAGAAUCUCCAGCCAUCACGACCAGAAUGUCUUCUUCUCACCGUUGAGCAUCUCCUCCAGUUUCGCUGCUCUCCUUAUGGCCACUGAUGGAGUCACUCGGUUGGAAAUCUUAAAGGGACUUAACUUGCAACAACUUGACAAAGUGAACCAACCAGAGGCCAUCCCGCUAUUGUUUCAGCUUCUGCAUGAAAACAUCACUCAAAACGGGUCGCUGGAGUUGGACCAGGACAUGGCGAUGUUUGUGAGCGCCGAUUUGGACCUGGAGAAGCCCUUUGAGGAGCAGAUGGGGAAGUAUUUUGAAGCUGAGAUCAAAACCAUAAAUUUCUCCAACACAGAACAAAGCGUGGCCUACAUAAAUGACUAUAUUAAGAACAAAACUAAAGAGAGGGUUAUGGACAUGAUUUCCACUCUUGAUGCAGAAACCCAGCUCAUGCUUAUUAAUACCAUAUUCUUUCGAGGAGAUUGGAGUAGCCCUUUCAACCCCAACCACACCAAAACAGAAGCAUUCUACAUCGACAACUACAAAAUGGUGGAUGUGCAGAUGAUGUUCAAGGAGGCCAAGUUCUUCAUGGGCCACGACAAAACUCUGGGCGCCAAAGUUCUGAAGCUUCCCUACAACCACGGCGUCUCCAUGCUGAUCCUGCUGCCGAACAAAGCGGUGGACUACACGGCCAUCGAUGAUGAGAUCAACGGCCACAGGUUUCAAGAGUGGUUACAAUCCCUGAGAGAAAUCAAAGUAGAAGUUCAUCUCCCAAAAUUUAAGAUGGAGGAGUCGUAUGAAUUGCAUGAGCUCUUACCCGAUAUGGGCAUUUCCAGUCUGUUCACGAAUGCAGCCAAACUGACCAAGCUCAGUAAGGAUAAAGAUUUGAGAGUCUCUGAGGUUCUGCACAAGGCUGUGAUUGACGUGGAUGAGACUGGGACCACCGCAGCAGCUGCCACCACAGUCGGCAUCACUCCCUAUUCUCUGCCGCCCAUGUUCAUCGUCAACAGGCCCUUUUUCUUCUUCAUCUACCACGAAGACACACACGCCCUCCUUUAUAUACUGAGACAACUCCAACUUUUACGUAGUAACAUGAAGUCCAGGAAGAUGAAGCCGCACGCAAAGCGGAUAAACCCAGCAAGACGAAGCAUUCAGACUAAGGGCAAAUGGAAAUCGAUAGAGCUAGACCCCAGUAUCUUUGCCGAAGAGGGACUGGAGGGACUCGUCUGCUUCGAAGAAUUGACCAAUUACCGCUUGGUUGAUUCUGAGAAGGUAGCAGCAAGGGCGGCUAAAGAACUGCAGAAGAAGGAAAAGAAGGCUCAGAAAAGAAAGGCCCAGAAAAGAAAGGCCAUCGACGUGGUGGAGACUGAAGGAGGCGAGGUAUCUGUGGAAGCUAAAGAUGCAGGUGAAAGUCCCAAGAAAAAGAUCAAAAAGAAGAAAGCAAAACUAAUCAAGGACGAGUCUGCUGAAGUUGCUGCUGAGACAGGUCAGGAAGAGAAGUUAUCAGAACCUGUUAAAGACUCCACAGUAGGUUCUCAAGAUGAUUCUGAGCCCAAACAAGCAAAGAAGAAAAAGAAAAAGCAGAAGAAAUCCAAGAAAAUAUCUCUCUCUGAACUAAACACAGAGAAGCAAAAAGUGCAGGAAUCAAUAUCAGAAAACAAGCCUGUACAAGCUAACAAAGAUCCUAAAACUAAACCAGCAAAAGCUCCCAAACCGCGGAUAAAGAACUGGACCAGCUCUGCCCUGUCUGGUUGUGAGGACACCAACUCAGACAUGAGUGCGUGGAAAGACCUGUUUGUACCUGUCCCGGUCCUACGAGCCCUGAGCAGCCUGGGUUUCAGUUCACCCACUCCCAUCCAAGCCCUGGCACUGCCCUCCGCCAUCAGAGACCGCAUGGAUAUACUGGGAGCUGCAGAGACAGGGAGUGGGAAGACUUUGGCCUUUGCUAUCCCCAUGAUCCAUAGCAUUCUGGAAUGGCGGGAAAACCAUGACAAUCCCGACCCUAAAGUCGACAAUCCUAAGCCUAAUACCGUCAAGAGUCUGUAUCUCCCAGAUGAGCCCGAAAAUGCGGCGCCAGAAGCAGAAGAGGAGAAAGACCUCGAGGAGGGUGACCUCGAGGAGGGAGACCUCGAGGAGGGAGACCUCGAGGAGGGUGACCUCGAGGAGGGAGACCUCGAGGAGGGAGACCUCGAGGAGGGAGACCUCGAGGAGGGAGACCUCGAGGAGGGAGACCUCGAGGAGGGAGACCUCGAGGAGGGAGACCUCGAGGAGUGCGUCGACCCAGGGGACAGUGAUGUGGGUGAAGACAUGAAUGAUGGUACUAAUGGUAGUGAUGAGGACGGUGCCAAUGAUAUCAAGCUGGGGUGUGUUCAAGUGGGCGAAAAGACUCCGUUUGACCCCACUCCCCAAGAAGAAACUGUAAACAAUGAGGGUCAAAAUCGCCCCCUGCUCGGCCUGGUCCUCACGCCUACCAGAGAAUUGGCGGUUCAAGUUAAACACCAUAUAGACGCUGUGGCCAAGUUUACAAACAUCACAUCGGCUAUAGUUGUGGGGGGCAUGUCUCAGCACAAGCAGAGGAGGCUGCUUAAGCGACGGCCGGAGAUUGUCGUUGGAACUCCAGGACGCCUGUGGGACCUGAUAAAGGAGAGGGAUCCUCACCUGCAGAACCUGCGGCAGCUCAGAUGUCUGGUCAUUGAUGAAGCUGACCGAAUGGUGGAAAGGGGUCACUUUGCAGAGCUGGAGAGCCUGCUGGAAAUGCUCCACACCACACACUUCAACCCCAAAAGACAAGCUUUUGUAUUCUCCGCUACGCUCACCCUGUCCUACGCUCUUCCCACACGCAUCUUGCAGAAGAAGAAGAGGGUGGAUAAGCGCAGCAAACUGGAAAUCCUCAUGGACAAAGUGGGCAUCAAGACCAAACCAAAAGUCAUUGACCUGUCCAGGAAGGAGGCGACGGUUGAAACGCUCACAGAGACUCAGAUCCAAUGUCAGAAAGAGGACAAGGACUACUACCUGUACUACUUCUUACUGCAGCAUCCCGGGCGCACUAUGGUGUUUGCAAACAGCAUCGACUGCAUCAAAAGGCUCAAGUCCAUUCUGACCAUCUUGGACUGUACAUCCUUUUCCCUGCACGCCAACAUGCAGCAGAAACAUCGUCUGAAAAAUUUGGAAAAAUUUGCUGACCGGGAGAGUUGUGUACUCUUGACGACUGAUGUGGCAGCACGAGGGCUCGACAUUCCUGAUGUUCAACAUGUCAUUCACUACCAGGUUCCCAGGACGUCCGAGACGUAUGUCCACCGUAGCGGCAGAACGGCAAGAGCUGCCAAACAGGGGCUAUGUUUGUUGCUGACGGGCCCUGAUGACAUGUUGAACUUCAAAAAGAUUUUCAAAACUCUUGGGAAAGAUGAAGAGCUUCCUUUGUUUCCCAUAGAAACACAAUGCAUGCAAGCAAUCAAGGAACGCGUAGAUUUGGCCAUUAAAAUAGAAAGUAUAGAGUAUCAUAACUGCAAGGAAAAAAAGCAUGACUCCUGGUUCAGACAAGCAGCAGAAGCCCUUGAGGUAGAUCUGGACGAAGACCUUUUAAUGGGAAAAUCCAAUGAUGAGCAGGCUGAUAUCCAGCAGCAGAAAAUGGUGAAGGAAAUGAAAAAGCACUUGAAGCAGUUGAUCUCUCAGCCUGUAUUCAAGAAUGUGAUGAAAACCAAGUACCCUACUCAAAUGGGCAAGCUCGCUCUGGAAAAGAUCUCUUUGGCAGGAACUCAGAGUGCGCUGACCAGGGUGUUAAUACAAAAGAGCAAACAAAAAGUUAAGAACCAACAGAAAGUAAAGAAAGGUCGUUCCCAAAGGAGAAACCAAAAAAAAGAACAGCAAAAAUAA